AUGUACCGCUGCUGCGAUCUCCUCCCAUUGGCCCGUCACACCUCAGCGUGGGAGGGUCGCUGGUGUUGGGGGCCCACGCUGUCUUUAUAAGUGCAGAUUUGCGUCCUGCGCCUCAGUGACACCGUGCGUGUUUUCAGCGUGUGAAGCUCUCCGGAAGCAAAGUUUCAGCCGUUACAUGUGAGAAGCGACUGGGAUUUAUCGCCUCUUGCAUAAUAAGAAUAAUAACAACAACAACAACAACACACGGUCAACGCGUCAGGGCAGCAGCGCGCGCUGGUGAGGGCGACAGUGGAGCGGACCUGUGACUGAAGACGGACAGCACCGGGAGACCGGGACCAGGACCAGACUCUGCAGUCUGAGAAUUGUCCUGCAUAUAAAGAUCAACCUCACCUUUGUGUGAACUUUGAAAACUUCUGCUCUCUCUUUUUUGGGGGGGAGAUUUGGAGACGUUGGCACACUUUUACGCACGCCUCCGUGGAAGCAGCGCAACUUCCAAAUUAAGAGUGUUACGAAACUUUCACGCCGCGCCAUGCUGCAGUGACUUGAGUCCGCCGUCCGUGGACUUCAUCUGAAAGUUGUAAACAGCGGGAGGGAGGCGACGGGAGGGGAGGGCGAUGCCUGGAAAGUAACUCUGACGCACCGAGCACCGACUGCUUGGAUCGAGCACAGGCGAGGACAGUAAAUCACAGGGACAGAAGCAAGUGGACUGCGGGAGAGGUGAAGCGAGGACAAGACAGGUUGGUGUCUCCACAUUUCACCGGACUCGAGUUUCAGCCGCAGCGGGGGCCUCCUGGUAUUAAAGCGCAUUUGACGUGGGAUAAGUUGUCAACAAGAGCAGGCGAGCGGAGGUGAACUGGCAGGUGUACAAGUUCAUUUACAUGCAUACGUAUAUUCACGCCACUAUAUAUAGAAGUUGUCUUAGGGACGAGCAGCCUUAAUAAGUUUCUCCACCCACCCGCUGGCCCCGCUGCAGCCCCGCGCACCGGGCGUGUGCGUGCGUCUAUAUAUACACCACACAGGCUUUUAUUCCCCUCCGCAAUCUGUAUCCCAGAGCGCUGCCCGCCGUCGGUUUGGCUGUGAGGGCAGGAGUCGUCGCAUGGACUGACAUGGCCACCGACCUCGCCAUGAGCGCAGAGCUGCCCAACAGCCCGCUGGCCAUCGAGUACGUCAACGACUUUGACUUAAUGAAGUUCGAGGUGAAGAAGGAGCCGCCGGAGGCCGAUCGCUACUGCCACCGCCUCCCGUCGGGCUCCCUCUCCUCCACGCCGAUCAGCACACCCUGCUCCUCCGUGCCUUCCUCGCCCAGCUUCUGCGCCCCGAGCCCGGGCGCGCAGCCCAACCAGAGCCUCUCCAGCGGGGUCAACGGCAGCAGCGGCGCCAGCAACAACAGCAGCGGCACCAACAAUCACAGCAACGCGGGCGGCAAGCCUCAGCUGGAGGACCUGUACUGGAUCCCCAGCUACCAGCACCACAUCAACCCCGAGGCGCUCAACCUGACCCCUGAGGACGCGGUGGAGGCCCUCAUCGGCAACGCACACCACCAUCACCACCACCACCAGGCCUACGAGGGCUUCCGCGGGCAGCAGUACGUUGGCGAGGACCUGUCCACGGCCUCGACGGCCCACCACCACCAGCCGCACCAUCACCACCAUCACCACCACCACGGCCACCACGUCCGCCUGGAGGACCGCUUCUCCGACGAGCAGCUGGUCAGCAUGACGGUGCGGGAGCUCAACCGGCAGCUGCGCGGCUUCAGCAAGGAGGAGGUGAUCCGCCUGAAGCAGAAGAGGCGCACGCUGAAGAACCGCGGCUACGCGCAGUCCUGCCGCUUCAAGCGCGUCCAGCAGCGGCACAUGCUGGAGACGGAGAAGUGCACGCUGCAGAGCCAGGUGGAGCAGCUGAAGCAGGACGUGGCGCGUCUCGCCAAAGAGAGGGAUCUUUAUAAGGAGAAGUACGAGAAGCUGGCGAGCCGGACCUACAAUACCGGCGGACCCGCGAACACAAGAGAUCCGUCCGGGAAACAGGCCAACACCGACUUCUUCAUGUGAGAGACUCGUGAUAUAUUUGUAGCAUAGACUGUGAAGAACUGCGCCGUCACCCACGAACACAACAACUUUCAUUUAUAUACUUUUUAUUUUUCUGCCUUUGUGUUUUUUGUUUACAGUUUGACAACAGAGACUUUUAAAAGAACCACCGCAUCUUAACACAUACGCAGCAGUGGCGCACAAAAGUAAUCCUUGUGCGCACUGUUUCAGUCUUAAAGGUGUUUUUUUUUUUUCCCCCCUGUUUGUUUGUUUGUUUGUUUUUGGCUCAGCUUCAGUUCAGCCCACAGCGACCUGUCAUGUCGUGACGUGGACACAUGGGAUCAUGAUGUAAACAUGACUGUCUUAACUCAGAGGUGAUUUCGUCUUAAAGCUUUUUUCUUCCUUUUUUCUCUUUUUUAUUAUUAAUGACACUGGACUGACACAGAAGCAGAGACAAAAAAAAAAAGCAAUACACCGCCUCUCCUUUCAGCUCCACGGACUGUUCGUGUCACAGAGUGGGGGCGGCCUGUGACGCAGAGAAUGAACAAACACUUUUCUCUCUCUCUCUCUCUCUCUCUCCCUCCCUCCAAACAAAAACAUGCAAGUCUAUAUAUUAUUAUAAUUUCCCCAUCCCCACGUGCAACCCAGCAUGCAGGACAUGUAUGGAAACCUCCAGUCAUCUCCCACGAUCCUUCCACAUGUAUGGAAAGCAUGGCCCACUGUUCUCUCCUCCUCCUCCCCAUCCCUCUCUCCCUCUCCCAUCCUUCCUCCCCAUCCUUUCAGGCCUGGGUAAACGCAAGAAGCCACUGAAAAUGUUUUCCUCCAUUAAAAUAGAAAUAAAAAGAAAGUGAGAGAGGA